AUGUCGAAAGGCCAAGGAGAUGGGGGCGCUGCUGGGCCGAACUGGCGGGACAAGUUAGCCAUGUUGGACCAACGAUAUGGAUGUGAUGAGGAUGACUGCUCGGAAUCGUCCAAUACUUGCGGUUCAGACAGCGAAGAAGUAUCUAGGGAAGACCGGCCUUCCCCAAACGAACAAAACAGUCACAACGACACCGAUGACGCGCAGUCCACGGGCAGCGUGAUCAAGAACCCAGCCCAAGACUUGCCAGAUGUCUUUUAUGAUGACGACGAGGAUUGGGAAACUGAGAGUGAGGAGGAUCACGACGACGAGAGUGACGAAGACGACAACCAGCCGAAGUCCUCACUGUUGACCUAUCUCUACCAUCGCUUCGGCCCGUCCCUCCGCUGGGAGAACCGCUGCACUUGCUGCGAGUUCCUAGUCGACCGCAGAGAAGCGCGAAGGAAAGUAGAGAGAGAAUACUUCGCCCAGGCGGGAGGGAGCUGCCUCAUAAAGGACCCAUGCGUUCUUCUUCCCUACAGAAUGGCUGACCUGCCCGGCACGGAGAACGUCGACAAGCCGGUGCUGACGGUGACGACACCGGAGGGGGAGGAACUCUACCCACACGACUUGGAGGAAUACCCGGAGCCGCCGGAAGAUUCGCGAGCUGGCGGGCCACUCGCCAGUCCCAACUCAAGGAGAUAUGCGGUGCCGUAUGAGGAGGAGGACGGGCCGGACCUUUGA